CACUAACUCACCUGCCUGCCUGCUCCCGGCAGCCUAAAGCACAAGAAGUUCCUCUCUACCCAUCCAUCUACACCUUUCACACCUGGCUCAGAGGCGGAAAAGACCACAAUGGGACUGUUCUACAGCAAAAGUGAGACAGAACCCUCUCCAUGCAACUUGCUUACUGUAAAAGUCAUACAGAUGAAAAAUGCCAGGAAAGCAGACUUGUUAACUCAGUCUGAUUGCUAUGUGAGCCUGAGCCUGCCAACAGCUUCAGUGCAGCAUUUCCGCACCAAGACAGUCCAGAACAGCAAGAAUCCAACAUGGAAUGAAACCUUCCACUUCACGAUUCAGAGCCAGGUUAAGAACAUUCUGGAACUAAAAGUUUGUGAUGAGGACAAUGUAACUCAAGAUGACCAUCUCCUCACUGUAUUCUUUGAUGUCUCCAAAAUCCAGCUUGGGGAAAACAUUCAGCUAAGUUUCCAGCUGAAUCCACAGGGAAAAGAGGAGCUGGAGGUUGAAUUCACAAUGGAGAGCAGUCCAGAUCCUCCUGAAAACAUUGUUACUAAUGGAGUUUUAGUGUCCCGUGAAGUUUCCUGUUUGGAGGUGCAGGUGAACGGUGGGAGGAUGAGGAAGGACACUAUGGAGAGAAAGUUUGCGUUAACCGUAGACGGGUCAUAUGAAGGAACCCAGACCCACACACUGAGCUCCUGUCUCUGCCCGACCUCCCCGGCCAGGUUCCACUACAUCAAGUACAGUCAGUCGGCGCUCACUGUGGCUCUACCACGGCGGAGGCAUCUCAGCAGGUCUACAUCAAGUCAAAAUGAAAGGGAUAUGAACGAGUCUGUGACUCUACCUCUGAACUCACUUCCUAUACAAGAGAAAAUAACAAUAGCAGAGGACAGGACAAUUGACUUGUACACAAAGGCAAAUGCAUGGACUCAGGGUCUGUGUUUCUGGCCAAGAAACCUAGAUGCCCGCUUGGGGUUCGACCUCUGCACUGAUGAACAGAAUUUCCUGCAAAACCGGAGGAAGGUGGUUGCUGCUGCACUAAAGGAUGUUCUUCAUUUGGAGGAAGAUCUGCAAGAGCAUGAGGUGCCUAUAGUGGCUGUGACCACAGCAGGAUGUGGGAUAAGAGCACUCACUGGCAUGUAUGGCAGCAUUUUGGGCCUUCAAAAGUUGCGUGUUCUGGAUUGUAUUUCAUACAUCAGUGGCUCAUCUGGCACAACAUGGACAAUGACAAAGCUAUAUGAAGAUGCUGAUUGGUCACGUAAGGAUCUCGGAGAAAUAAUUAUUGAAGCACGGAAGCAAGCAGCCAAGUGCAAGAUGGGGGCUUUUUGCUUGAAAAGUCUAAGGAAUUAUUACAGAGAGCUGAGCCAAAGGACCCAAGCAGGACAUAAAACCUCUUUUAUUGAUCUGUGGGGGCUCAUGAUUGAAUCCAUGUUGAAUGAUGGGAAAAGCCACCAUAGACUUUCUGAUCAACGUCAGGCAGUGAAUCAAGGUCAGAACCCUCUGCCCAUCUACCUCGCCCUGAAUGUCAAGGACAAAGUUGCCACCAAAGAUUUUAGAGAGUGGGUGGAGUUCACACCAUACGAGGUGGGCUUCCUGAAGUAUGGCGCCUUCAUUCGUGCAGAGGAUUUUGGCAGUGAGUUCUUCAUGGGGCGCCUGAUGAAGAAGCUCCCUGAGUCCCGAAUCUGUUUCAUGCAAGGAAUGUGGAGUAGUAUCUUCUCCAAAAACCUCUUGGAUGCCUGGCACGCAGCUGACAAUUCAGAGGACUUCUGGCACAGGUGGACCCAAGACAAAGUGACUGAAAUAGAGGAACAACCAGACUUGCCUGAGAAGCCAUAUGAGAUGGCCACGUGUGUUUUCACUCCUACGAGCGGCCUCUCCACUACUCUCCGGGAUAUCCUGACAGAUCGCCCUGCUGUCUCCAAGUACCACAACUUCCUAAGAGGCCUCCAGAUGCACAAUGAGUAUAUCCAGCACGAACAUUUCACAAAAUGGAAAGACACUUUGCUAGACACCUGUCCUAAUGACCUGAGAGGCAAUUCAGAACACUUGGAGCUGGUGGAUGCAGCUUUCUUCUUUGAAACCAGUUACCCACCCCUUAUGAGACCAGAGCGGAAAGUGGAUGUCAUCAUACACUUAAAUUACACAGGGGGAUCACAGACUUUGCCCCUGGAGCAGGCUUGCACGUACUUUGCAGAGCAGGGAAUUCCAUUUCCCUGCAUUGGACUGAAGGAUGACGAGAAGAACCUGAAAGAGUGUUACAUGUUUGAUGGUGCAGACACCCCAGGAGCUCCUCUGCUGCUUUAUUUUCCAUUAGUGAAUGAUACCUUUCAAAGAUAUGUAGCACCUGGCAUGUCACGUACUGCUGCUGAAAUGGAACAGGGCAAGGUUGAUAUCUCCAGUUUCUGCUCUCCAUACUCAACCAGAGAGGUCUCACUGAAAGCAGAAGAUUUCAAUAAGCUCCUGAAGCUGACUAAUUACAACAUCAUGAAUAAUGAGAACAUGAUUCUUCAGGCCUUGCGCAUGGCUGUGGCACGGAAGAAACAAGCCCUUAGCCAGCCAGUAUCACAAGCACAGCCCUCUGCUUGAAUAGCAUUUUCCUCUCCCUUCCUAAAUACUUACUGUAAUAGCACAUGUGACAGCUACUUCACUGUGCUUGACAGGGGCCAUCUCCUUCUAAGUAAACUUCUCAAAAAUGAAAACUUGAAGUGUUUGUUUCCAAGCCAUGUAGUUUAAUUUACUAAGCAGUACUUGCUUUCUGAUUCAGAGCUGUAGUAUCAAACACAGCACUCUAUGUUGUUAACUCCAUCUCACUGUUAUGUUCAAGAGGCAAAAAUUCAGCUGAUAGGGGAAUACCUUAGCAUUCUCUGUCUGCAACCUCCUAUUGUCUUGGUGGCUAGUUGCUAAUAUUUUUGCAUAUGCAAAAUAUUCCGGGACUUCCCUGAGACUAUUGGUAGCAAGUCCAUAAAGCCCUCCUCAGACAUAGAAGGUGGUGACCAUGAAGUAUCAAUUGAAAUAAUUUUACUUGGUUUUAAUAACUUGAAUUAAAUGGUCUUCUGCCUUUAAAGAAUUUUGUUUUCCAGGUGCUUUUUGUCAUGAACUGUUGUGAAAUAAAUAUCUUAUGAAGGAUAUUUGAU